AUGUCCAGCUUAAGCAAAAUCUUGCAUGCAAUCGUCGUGCUGCAUGAAGGUGAAGUUAGAGGCUCUGCUAGGCUAGAGUCCUCGCGCUGGCAAGCAUGUCGACAGCCUUGCGGCUUCCUGCGCAAGCUCAAUGGGCUUCGCAACGCCCAGAAGGAUCAAUUCCGCACAGAAGAUAUGCGUGUCUCCAUCCAGCCGGACGGUGAGGAGUCGGCCACUAGCUGUUCCCAGCGGACCUCGAACCUGGAGCAUACAGGAAGCAGCCUGAGGAAGUCAACAUCGCACCUUUCGCAGGGCACCACCCUCGCUGCUGGCACGGAUGAUGAGAGCAUCAGUGUGGAUUCCUCCACGGAUCAGUCUUCCGCCGAAUCCGAUGAUUGGGAGCCGGCAUGCGAAGAGGAGGAGCUCGAAGUGAUCAGCAUCUGGACGUGGCAAACCAUUGGCUUGCCAGUGAGUGGCUUCCUAAUUGCUUUUCUGAAUGCCAUUGCGUCUGGGGUUGUCUAUGGGUUUUUUCUGGGGUACAUGGGAUUGGAUUCUUACGUCAUGGCGUCGGUUGCGGCGGUCAUGAAACUUCCGGAAGUGUUCUUGUUUCCCUUGGGCAUGAUCAACGACUGCUUUCCCAUCUUCGGCUACAACAGGAAGCCUUACUUGUUGGUAUGCUGGUGCAUUUGUGGCGGUGCACUCUUGGUGAUGAGCCUGCGGCAUUUGCCAGCACCCUACUACUGUCAAUACCCCGAUGGCAGCUAUGACUGGUCUUCGCCCCCGUGCAAUCCGGACAUCCACAGCCACAAAAGCUGGUAUAUCUUUCCUUUGUUUGUGCUCAUCGCGGGUCUGCAGAUUGGGAGUACGGCGGGUGAGGGGCUAAUCUUGCAGUACUCACGGCGAGAGCCGGCAGCGCGGCGCGGACACAUCAAAGCAGAAAUGACGAUGGUUUGCACGGCCGGUGCGCUGACCUCCUCCCUCGUCAUUGGAUUCCUCUUGAACGGCAAGGCAUACUUGGGCACCUUCGAUUGGGGAUUGUCCUUCAGUGGCUUGAUGGCUGUGUGCUUGGUGAUGGUCAUCAUUGUCAUCCCUGUCAGCUGGUUCUGCGUGCAUGAGCCCCCAAAGACCACGCACCCAGCACUCCGUGGCCAUGCCAAGUCCUCCUGGAGACUUGUCAAGAAGAACGCCCUUUCCAGCAUCUUGAUUUUUGCAUUCGUCGUUCAGUUCCUGGUCGGCACUGUAACUACGGCAUCGCCUAUGGUCCAAAGUCAGUGGGCUGGAGUCAAAGUCCUGCAGCAACAGCUGUGUGGCACAGGUGGCAUGUUCGUCAUGAUGGUUGCUACCUGGACGUACAAGGAAUACUUCCUCCAGACGAGCUGGAGGAAAGCAAUCUUCAUGGCCAUCUUGACAGUGUCAGUCCUGGAUGCCAUCGCGUCCUUCCUGACGAUCUUCGGUGUGGUUCGGAAUCAGUACUUCUACCUUGGCGAAGCCAUCGUUGGCAAUGUGCCUAAGGCUGCACUCGCAUUGGUGGGGAACCUAAUAAUCAUUGAGCUCGCGGAACCGGGACGCGAGGGUAUGUGCUAUGGGUUGAUUGCGACACUGCAGCACUCGAGCCUGCCUCUCGCCACGGUCGUCAGUAAUCAGAUCUACGGCCUCUUUCGCCCUAACUUGUCCGAGUUGGAAAACUACGUGGCAGACACCCCGCAGUUCCGUUCGACUGUAGCUUGGUCUUACGUGCUCUCUUAUGCGAUGUCGCUCAUGAGUCUUUUCCUCCUUCCCCUGAUCCCGAAACAGAAGGAUGAUGCCCAAAGGCGCAAGGAGGAGUGGAGCUCAAGCCCGACUGUGGCUACGUUGGUUUUGGGCAUUCCUGCCCUCUGCCUGGUCUACGCUAUUACUGUGCUGCUGCUCACCAGUCAGCCGCAGACGGCCUGCAUGCAUUGGCUUGGCGGUCCAGGGCAUGCCGGACGAGCAGCGCCGCCGGCUGCAUCAGCUUCCUUACAGGAAUCAAUGAGACCGCCCUCGGCUUCACAGUCCUUGCGAGUAGCUGCGGGCCUGCUUGCUGGCGCAGCGUUCUUUGCCAGCCACAAGUCUAGGCGGACAGUGCGUGCCGUACUUCCCGACGGAACGAACGAAGAGGGAGAGGAUGUUGCACCGAUCGACAUUAAACUGGAGGAUCUGAAGGACGUCGUCCUGUUCCAGUCUGAGUAUUCUCCUCCAUGUGUGAAGCUCAGGACCAUGUUCAAGCACUAUAGACUGCCUUUCCGCACCAUCAAUGGGAAACAUCCCACCUCGGAUUACAAGAAGAUUCCAGUGCUGGUGAUGAACCCAGCCUCGGACGACCGUCAAAUCAAUGACUCCCACAUCAUCAUGAAGAGGAUGGUGCCGUGGCUGACUGGCAAGGAGAUGACCGAUGAGGAGGUCAUGUGGGAGAAGCGCAUCACAUACGAGUUCCAGCCUGCAUUUGAAGUAGAGCUGGUCGGAAACGACCGGGACCUUGCGCUUUUGUGGACGCGAGCCACUGGAUACAUUGGGGGAUGGCAGAGAGGAUUGCUGGGCAUAUUGUCUCCAUUGCUGAAGUUUGCCAUCGAAGCUUUGUUCAGAUCUCGCUACUCCAACAUGGAGCUGCCAAGCUCGAAGUUCGGCGCCAGCUUUCGUGCAGCGCUGAAGGAUCGACCAUUUUUCCAUGGGGAAGAGCCAGGCCCCAUCGACCUCAGCUUGUACGGAACUUAUGUUGCCUUUGCAGAGUGUAGCACCGCCGCGCGCUUCCUGCAGGGCAGCGGCCUCGAGGAGUGGCAUGAUCGAAUGACAAAGCUUCAGAUCGAUUCGGUCCAGAAGCCAAAAGUGUAUUCCAUGGGAUAG